UGCAAUUUGCAUCCGCUGCGACUGUUGUUAAAAAUAUAUAUUUGUGAAGUAUCGAAAAAUAUAAUUAGGUAAACAUGGAAACGCUAGAGAAAAAACGUUUAAAAAAACCGACUAAAAUUGAAGAAAUGACAAAAGAACAAAUACGCCAAGCUAUUAUUAAGAAAAGACAGUGUAAUGCGAAAGCACAAUUUAUAGUCGAAAGUCUACUUGAAAAAUGUGUAAAUGAGGACUUUUUUCUCAAAAGUUUGUUUGAUAUCAAUCAAAGUCACUUCGAUGACGUGAUCGAAGAACGAUCUAUAUUACAUUUAUGUGGUUAUCCUCUGUGUCAGAGAACAUUGUCUGCAAAAGACAUACCUAAACAAAAAUACCGAAUAUCAGUUAAAACGAAUAAAGUGUAUGAUAUUACAGCAAGAAAAAGUUUUUGUAGUAAUAUUUGUUAUAAAUCAGCAAUGCAUAUUAAGAAACAAAUGUUAACAAGUCCCCUUUGGUUUAGAGACUAUGAAGAAAUACCCAAAUUUUGUCUCUUACCGUUAGAUUCAUCAGGUAGCCUUGGACAAGAAAUAGAUUUAAGCUUGACAGAAAAAAUUGAUUUUAAAUCUGAGACAACACCCUUUGCAUCUGUAAAUGAUUUCUCUAAUGCUACCCUACAUGAAAUCAAUGUAUACCAAAACAAAAAUAACAAUAACCAAAAUGUGCAAGUGAAUCCUAAUGAUGCAGAUCUUUUAAACAUUGACAGCGACCUACAAAAAGUUAGUCAAAAAGUUGAAAAAUUAAAUAUCAACCAAAAUAAUAUUACUACAGAAGUAAACACCACAAAAAAAUCUGCACCAAAUCCCUUAAAUAUAGUUGGUGAUAUAAUAGAAAAACCAGAGAAGAAAAUUGACCCUAUACUAUUAAAUUCACCAGCUAAUACAUCCAGUGUUCUGACUGAUGACUUGAAUACAUCUAUCAAAAAACAGAUACCACAGAAGAAACAACCUUCUAUAAACAUUAUAAUGAUUGAAGUAGAAAAAUGUUUAGCCGAAUGGUUUACUAUAGACACAUUGAUAUAUCUAUUUGGUGAAGACAAGUUGAAACAACUGGUUGCUGACAAGGGACAAUGUAUUAAAGAUUACUUAAACAACUAUUCAAAAAGUAUAUUUUACACCUCAAAUUCAUAUGAUCAAUAUCAGACGUUGUGUCGAAAGCUGAAUAUGUUAGAAUUAGAAGAUAGACGAUAUGAUGCGCAAACAUUGUCAAGAGAAACAAAACCAUUACCAGAUUACUCUAUAUUGAAAGAAGAAAGUAAGAAAAUGCAAUUAAAGGUGAAAGCAUUCUUCGCUGGAGAGACCGUAGUUCCAGAAGUGGAGCAUGUCGAGACAGAUCUUAUUAAUGAAGACGAGAAUACGACACAAUUGCCUUUAGUUGAUAAAAAUGCACAGAAUGCAUUACGUCGACGAAUUGUAUGCCAACAUUUAAAUAAGGUUUUACCAGAUUUACUAAAAUCUCUUGGACUCCUGACGUUAACUAUUAGCUCUGAUAUCCGGUUGCUUGUAAAUACAUUUAAAUUAAAGGCCAAUAACAUAAUGUUUAAACCAAUACAGUGGACAUUAAUUGCUAUUGUUUUCAUACGGUUGUUAUCUAUAAGAGAUAAGAGAUUAGAAUAUUUAUUACAGCAACCAACAGCAUUCCGACACAUGCAGCUCUUGCUCUUGAGCUAUAAACAAGAUGGUGGUUACUUAGAUAGGCUAAUUUCAUGGCUCACGGAUAUUGAUCGGUUGUUAGAUGUUAAUGAUACUCAACUGACCAUUGAGUAAUAUUUUAAUUAAUAAAAUUAUUUAUUACAAAUGAUGGUUUUUUAGCUUUAUUAAUCAAUAAUGAUGACCCUAAAAACUCAGUUCUAUGCCAGGAUAAUUUUUAGUCAUGAAAGUAUUGUAUUAACUGAAGUGAGAAAACACUAUUCAUCACACACAUUGUAUACAUUGACAGAACAGAAGACAAGAACAAUAAUAUGUAUAUUCAUUUUAUAAUUAUAACAAGAUAGUGUUAUUUAAUUACUGUCUAGUAUAAACCAUGAUUAUGCUCUAAAAAUGCAGGCCAUAGUGCAGCAAAAUUGUGUGUGAAUUCGGUUCAACCCACACGUCAAAACAAAGCUAGAAAAAAAAUAACCAUGUGAAGAUUUUUAUUAUUAAAAAUUGCAUAAAGUAAGAAGCAGCAAUCUUCCAGCCCAGACCAACCAAGGUCAAAACCACUGGUGAGCGCAUACUAGGUUGAGCACUCUAAAAGGUGAUUUCAAGAAUGUCGGGCAUGUGUGUCGUACUGUCGAUAAACUCUACGAGUUGUGCUAAUUUGCA